UGAAGCAAGAUGGACGCAAAGCGAGACAAAAGUGAGCAGAGACUGCAGUCACCGGCUUCGUUUAAGGCUUUCAUGAUGACAAAUAGUACGGAAAGCAACAUCAACCUUUAUGACCACCUCACCGGGUUGCUGAUGAAGGUGAUGGAUGAGCAUCCACAGAAUGCAGUUGAUGUGAUUGAGUAUAUGAGCCACGAUGUGAAGCAGACUUUUUUGGAGGACAAGCAGAAAACCCUGAGAGACCUUCCACAGACUAUAGCUGCUGAGCUGCUGGCUGAUCAGCAGCGCCUGCUGUUUUCUCGGCCCGAAGAGGCUGGCCACGAGGAAGAACUGAUGGAAACACCUCUCCCUAAUGUGAGUGAGAUUGGCUUCUACUUGGAGCAGGCUGGAGUAGGUCUGGGCAGAGAAGAGAUGCAGAGGGUUUUCCUCGCACUGAAGCAGCUUGUUGAGUGGCAGGCGCUGCCGCGCUGCCGACUGUGGGGCAAAAUUCUGGGAACGGAGAGCAGCUAUAUUGUUGCUGAAGCAGAGUACAGAGAGGGGGAGGAAGAGGAAGAGAAGAGCUCUGAAGAAUUAGCUGAGGAAGAGGAGAGAGAAGCAGAUACUCAAGAGAAUGAGAUGGAUCCACUUCCUCAGUCAACCUAUAAACCCCUACCACCAGUGCAAAAGGAGGCCCUAGGAACAGGCGCUAACAAGUUUGUUUAUUAUGUGUGCAAAGAGCCUGGUCUUCCUUGGGUAAAGCUUCCUUCAGUCAGUCCAGCACAGAUCACUGUGGCUCGCCAGAUCCGUAAAUUCUUCACUGGGAGGCUGGAUACCCAAGUUGUCAGCUAUCCCCCUUUCCCCGGGAAUGAAGCCAACUACCUGAGAGCACAGAUUGCUCGGAUCUCUGCUGGCACACAGGUCAGCCCCCAGGGCUUCUUUCAGGCUAGGGACGAGGAAGGUGAUGAGGAAGACGAGCCAGCUCAGGACAGCUUUGAAGUGAAUCCUGACUUUGAAGACAUUCCUGUUGUUGAGAUGGCUGAGACUUUGUCCACCUGGGUGCAUCAUGUUCAGAACAUUCUGCAGCAGGGCCGCUGUACUUGGGUAAACCUGGCUUUGAAGCCAGGAGAAGACUCUAAUGAGGAAGGAGAGGCUGACGAGAAGGAAGAGCCUGAUGAACCUGAGCCAGAAGUUGGACCUCCUCUGCUUACACCCCUCUCCCAAGAUGCAGAAAUGUUCAACAUUCCUCCAUGGACAUCCAAGGUGUCUUCUGCUCUCACCUCCCAGCAUGCAGUAGCUUUGCAACGUUCUAACCUUUGGCCAGGGGCAUAUGCAUAUGCUUGUGGAAAGAAGUUUGAGAACAUGUAUGUAGGAUGGGGUCUGAAGUAUACAGGGGAAGGGUACAGCCCACCUGUACCCCCGCUGCCACAGAAAGAAUAUCGAAGCGGACCAGAAAUCACAGAGGCCGUGGACUCCAGACUGGAGGAAGAGCAGGUGCUGAAACAAGCUUUGGAGGAGCAACGAGCGGCCCAGGAAGAGAUGGAGGGCAUCGACGAUGAGGACGAGGAGGAAGAUGAGGAUUGAGAAAACAGUUACACAUUGAAGUAUUUAUGUUUAAGUCAAUGGCCAAAUAAAUAAGUUAACUGAGCAACAUGGCUUGAUAUUGUAGAUUCAAGUUAAUAAGUUAAAUAUCUGAACAGGUCAGUUGUGUAAAGAUGAGGCAAUGCUUGCGGUUGCAAUGUACCCAUAUUUUGUUUAGGUAUCCUACAGAAUUUUUGACCACUAGUCACACUAUGGAACAAUGUUUUACUGAUGUAACCAACUGGUUCUGCCCUAGCUGCAGUGCGCACCAAUAACCAGCAGUGAACAGUCCAGAUCGUCUGGAAUGAUCACAUGUGCUACCUGUUGGUACCUGUUGGUAGCACAUGUUAGCAAAGUAGUAUCCAAGUAGUAUCCAAAGUAGUGAACAAAAACAUGUACCCUCAUUUAUGUUAAUAUA